AUGUCUCCGUGUCCAGACCAACUUUCGGUACGCUGCGUUCGAUUCAUGAGACACUUGCUCUGUCUCUAUUGUUUAUCUUUCUGUCUUCUUUUCACUAUAUUACUGACUGCCUGUCUUUUAUUAUCUAUCUCACAUUAUCUUUCUGACUUGUCUAUCUUUCUGAGAGUCGAUCUUUCUGACUGUCUAUAUUUUUACUAUCUGACUGUCUAUCUGUUUACUACUCUCUAUUUUUCUGACUCUCUCUAUCUUUCUGACUCUCUCUCUCUCUUUCUGACUCUCUCACUCCUUCUGACUCUCUCUCUUUCUGACUACUAUCUUUCUGACUAUCAUUUCACUGUCUUUCUGACAGUCUAUCUUUCUGACUAUCUAUUAGACUGUCUUUCAGACUAUCAUUUCACUGUCUUUCUGACAGUCUAUCUUUCUGACUAUCUUUUAGACUGUCUUUCUGACUAUCAUUUCACUGUCUUUCUGACAGACUAUCUUUCUGACUAUCUUUUAGACUGUCUUUCAGACUAUCAUUUCACUGUCUUUCUGACAGUCUAUCUUUCUGACUAUCUUUUAGACUGUCUUUCUGACUAUCAUUUCACUGUCUUUCUGACAGACUAUCUUUUAGACUGUCUUUCUGACUAUCAUUUCACUGUCUUUCUGACAGUCUAUCUUUCUGACUAUCUUUCUGACUAUUAUUUCACUGUCUUUCUGACACUUCAUGACUGUCUAUCUUUCUAUUUUUCUGUGUAUCGUUUUACUGUUUAUCUUUCUGGCCCUCUACCUUUCACUAUCUUUCUGUAUGUCUAUCUUUCUUCUUUCUUUUUGACUGUCUAUCUCCUUACUAUCUUUCUGUCUAUCUUUCUGAUUGUCUAUCUUUCUGAAAGUCUAUCUUACUAUUCAUUUUUAUUGUCCAUUUUCUGCCAGUCUAUCUUUCUGACUGUCUAUCGUUUUACUAUCUUUCUCACAGCUUAUCUUUAA